AUGGCAAGCAACCGCCCUGACUCCUGUAGUCGUUUCUCUUCGCUCAAUCGAACCAAACCCUCUUCGCAAAACCCCUAUGAAGAAAAUGACCGAGAGUCGCUUUCCGAGCCGUUCAGUCCGACGGGUUUGCUCGGGGAAAAAUAUGAUCUGCUUAAACGGCAGAUGGAGGCUAGAUCACAGAUGACCAAACCAAACGACAGUCCAUUCAAAAGAGGUCUUUUGGGAUCUCUCGCUGAGUCCGAAGGUAGGGGCUACCGCGCUUCAUACGACACCAAUAGAGCUCCACGAGGAUUGUCUAGGUCAGCAUCAACAGCAAGCUCCUCGAACCGUUGCGGUCCAAGACGAACACCGAAUGUCUCAUCCGUUAGGACCGACUCGAUCUAUUGCGCUCAGUCUGGUAUUACACCACCUCCUCUGCUGGAUAUCUCACCGACACUUCCGCAGCAGCGAGCAUCACAGCGGGACCGGAACUCUCAAAGUUUCAGAUCACCAACUGGUUGGCCACCGCUGAGUUUGCCCGAGACCCCAAACACACAGUGGAGCAGCCCUCAUCUGUCAUCACUGGGUCGUAGCCAUUCUGUUGCUGUUCGGUCUUCGAGUGGUUCUUGGGGUCCUUCAGGGAGCGGAUCUAGCUCACAUACAACGCCUAUGUCCUCGACACCAAGCCGCCGUGUUUCCACAGCUACCGCUCCAGCUCGUGCUGAGACAUGGUAUCAAGGUGAUCAAGCUGAACCGAAGCGUCGUGGUACGUUACGGAGGUGCUGA